AUUCAUCGAGAAUGUUUCGAGUAUUUCCUGGUGAUUGUGCGUCACCAACGAUCAGCUGAUAUUGUUUGCCGUGAAAAGUUUGACAUCUUCCCUUGAUGCCACGUGAAUCAAGUCUAUCUAUACUUUUGGGAAACCUUUAUAAUGGUCCAAAACAAUCGAUUGGAUUUAUUUAAAAGAUACAAAAAUUUUUAGGCUUAUUAGUCCCUCCUCCAUAUUAUUUACUUGUCUCGAAUCGGUUUACUCACAGUGGUUAAAAUGACGUCGAUGUUCGACCAAUAUGAGCAAGCUUCUCAGCGUUCCAAGCAGGUGCUGGCACCACCAAUUCGUCCGGAUAUUAGCACAGCUGGUUUUAUUCAAAUGAAGCUGCAAGAUGAUGGGCCAAUAUUCACCAAACAGAAAGUUAACUUUCUACCAUCGGACAAAAUUCUUCACCUAGUUGUUAGCAGUAACACUAUUGUGAUUGCUAUGGCUAACAACAUUUUGCUACGUAUUGACAUGAAACAACCUGAUAAACCUGAAGAAAUCGACAUAUCUAAGUACGCACUGAGCAUGAAACUGUCCGGUCUGUUUCUGGACCCACUGGGUCAUCAUUUGCUGAUAACUUUAGUGCCGAGACAUGGGGAUAAUCCGUCUCCGGAAUUAUUUUACCUGCACAAGAAGACGACAAAGCUAAAGCAGGCCGGCAAGUUCAAAGGUCACGAGAUAACUGCUGUGGGUUGGAACUUUUCAAACACUUCGGAAACGAGCUCAGGUCCCAUUCUGCUGGGCACUGCCAAAGGCCUGAUUUUUGAAACAGAAAUAGGCUUGGAUACUGACAAGAUUUUUAAUACAAGUCUGGAGCAAUAUUGGCGACAGCUUCCGAAUUAUCUGCCUCUUUAUGGUUCUAAAGAGGCGGGAGGAUUGGUAUUUGAUAUAGGGAAGAAUAGCAAACCUCCAAUCACCGGAAUAGAGUUCCACAAAAUUCCUAAUUCAGAUAAAUAUGUAAUCAUUGUGACCACUCUAAUGCGCAUUUAUCAAUACAUCGGUGCCAUUGGCAAUCCCGAGGAGAAACCUCUCUUGCAACAAGUGUUCUACAGAUAUUUAAACGCGCAAGAAACUUUUAACGAGGUAAUAAAUUCGUUGCCAUAUUCGAAAAUGCAAUUUUACUAUCCAUCUUUGGGCGUUCUGCCAAAGUCGUUUGGAUGGCUGACGGAAGCUGGUAUCUUAUAUGCUCAGGUGGACGCGAAGCCGGACACGAACAAUGUGUUGAUCAAUCAACGGAUGUUGACAUGUCCGGAAACGAGUCUCAUGGGCAGUAACGUUUCACAAACCACUUUGAUACCGUUGUCUUUUGUCCUGACGGAAUUCCAUGCGCUGUUGUUGUACCCGGAUCAUGUGAAGGGCAUAUCGCUCCUGAAUCAAGAAUUAAUAUUUGAAGAUGUUUACAACGAUGCAGUCGGCAAAUUGCUGGGCAUCAUCAAGGAUCCAGCAACGAGAUCGAUUUGGGCUUACAGCGAGCGAGCUGUUUUUAAGUACAAAGUGACAAAAGAAGAUAGGAAUGUUUGGCAGGUAUACGUCGAUAAAGGUGAGUUCGAGCUGGCUAAACAGUACUGUAAAGACAAUCCGGCUCACGUUGAUCAGGUGCUCGUAAAACAGGCGGAAAUGCUCUUUAAGAAUAAAGAGUACGAGAAGAGCGCGGUAAUAUACGCUGACACUCAUUCGUCUUUUGAAGAGGUUUCAUUGAAAUUUUUACAGGAGUGGCAAAUCGAAGCUUUGAAAACGUUCCUACGAAAGAAACUCGAUGGCUUGAAGACGCAAGACAAGACGCAGAUAACAAUGAUUGUCAUUUGGGUGACGGAGCUAUUUAUGAAUCAAAUGGGAGCCCUGCGUAGUAACAACACGUCUUAUCUUCAUGAUUCGCAGUACACGGAAUUGCAGAAGCAAUUUGACAGCUUCCUCACCAUUCCUAAAGUCGAGGAAUGUAUCAGAAGAAAUCGUAGCACGAUAUACGACUUAAUGGCCAGUCACGGUGACAAAGAUAAUCUAAUACGUCUGACAAUAAUGCAUUGCAAUUACGAUGAAGUGAUACGUCAGCAUCUGUACAAGAAUAACUAUUUGGAGGCGCUUGGAGUGCUCAAAAGUCAGAACAAUAAGGACCUCUUCUAUCAAUUUGCCGGGAUACUGUUACAGGAAUUGCCGCGGCCCACGGUGACCGUCUUGAUCUCGCAAGGAUCGUCGUUAAAGCCAGCGAAGUUGCUGCCAGCUUUGGUCUCGUGCAACAGUGACGAGAAGCACGCAAAAGAAAUUAUUAAAUACUUGGAGUUUUGCGUGUACAAGCAGGGCUCGCAGGAGCAGGCGAUUCAUAACUUUCUUUUAUCCUUAUACGCGCGUUACAAGCAGGAUGAAGUGAUGCGAUACAUAAGCUCUCAAGGUCAGGAAAUCAGCAUGGUGCAUUAUGAUGUGCAUUACGCGUUGCGAUUAUGUCAGGAGGUAGGUCUGACGGAAGCCUGUGUGCAAUUGUCUGCUUUGCUCGGUCUGUGGACCACCGCUGUAGAUCUCGCUCUUACGAUCAGUGUAGAUCUUGCUAAGCAGAUCGCCGCUAUGCCGUCUGAUCAUGAUGACGAGUUGAGAAAGAAACUGUGGUUGAAGAUAGCGGAGCAUGUGGUGCGAGAAAAAGAUGACAUCCAACAAGCAAUGGAAUUUUUACAACACUGUGAUUUAGUGAGGAUAGAAGAUAUUUUGCCCUUCUUCUCUGAUUUUGUCACAAUCGAUCAUUUCAAGCAAGCUAUUUGCAACUCCCUGCAGGAAUAUAACCAACACAUUCAAGAUCUUAAGGAGGAGAUGCAGGAAGCAACGAAAGCAGCAGAGUUAAUACGAAAGGAUAUUCAAACCUUCAGAACCAGAUGCACCUUCGUACAUGCACGAGACACGUGUAAUACAUGUGAGGUGCAACUAUUGCUGAGGCCCUUCUACGUAUUUCCCUGCGGUCACAAGUUUCACAGCGAUUGUUUAGUGGCAGCGUUAACGCCAAUGUUAUCGAUGGAUCAGAGGACGAAAUUGGCGGAUCUUCAGCGUCAGCUUACGGCCAUCUCAAAUCGACCUGAAGAUACCACCUCGACGACCUCCGUGACGUUAUCCACGAAAGAUCAGAUCAAAGCCGAUAUCGACGAGCUAGUCGCCUCAGAAUGUCUCUACUGUGGAGAGCUUAUGAUAGAAUCAAUAGACAAGCCAUUCAUCGAGGAAGAGGAUUACGAACGCGUUAUGAAGGAAUGGACGUGAUGAAGGUUCUUCGCUGAAAAUGUGAUAGAGCAUGUUUAUUUUUUCUUCUUUUUUAAGAAGAUUUAAUUGCGCUUUGUAUUAUACAUAUAUACAUACACACGAUAAUCAUUGUUUGAUAAUCAUUAAUUAUUAUGAUCUCAACAUUAUUUGAAUUACUAUUUUUCAAAGUUUUAUUGACUUUUUUACAUUGCUAUAAAUCAAUUUCUUUGACUUGAAAAUAUAAUUUACAUUGGACUUCAGUUUCGAAGUUUUUGCGUAAUAGUAAAAUUAUUAUGAUCGAUUUAUUAGAACUAUUGCAAUUUAGAUUAUAUAUAUAAAAUGUUAUGUAUAAUUUAUAAUUUAAAUCGUAUUUAUGUAUAUAUAUAGAUCAAUUUUUUCAUUACUUUAUAAAUAAAAUUUCAUUACUUUAUAUUAGAGUUUAACUCUCGCAAUAUAGACCAAAUCGUUGUCAUAAUCUUUAUUUUAAUGGAUUUGUUGCUAAAAUCGAAUAAUUUAUUCACAUACCAGAAAUAAAUGUAUACAAUUUGAAUACAUAUUGAAAUCUAACUGAUAUUGAAAUAUUGUAACAAUUUACAAUUUAUUGAUGACUUCAUAAUUUUUAAAUUUUUCAACGUUUUGUAGAAAUAAUAAUUUUCAUUUUUAGAAAUA